GCGACCGUAGAUGUUUCGAACAAAAUUAAUUAAUUAUAUUUAGCUUGUCUAAUAUUGCAUUAUAUUUUAAACUAGACGUCAGAAGUAUACACAAAAAAUCCAGUACAGCAAGGGUUACUCCUGGUAAUAAACUUUGAAUUUACUGGAUCUCCUGACCAAAGGACAGGUUCAAAGAAAGAUGUUACUGAUUUGAAAGGUUUCUUUGAGAAACUUAAAUACAAAGUGUUGCAUAAUGAGGACGACAUGGAUAUAGAUGAAUUAAAACAAUACCUAGAGGAUAUAAAAAAUAACAGCUUAAAAAAGGAUUCCAACAAAUAUCACAGCUUUUAUUGCGUCAUCAUGAGUCAUGGAAACGAAACAGGUAUUGCGACUACAAAUGGAUUGAUUCCACCAGAAGAGAUUGUCAAAUUCUUCAGAAAUAACGCCGUCCCUGAAUUUAUUGGUAAGCCAAAAGUGUUCUUCUUUGACAUGUGUCGAGGGUCUGAUAUACAUCAGAAGUUUAUGCAAAUAGAGUCUGAAAGUGGACCGGCGGAUUUGGCAAAUGCAUCUCCUUUAUGGCCGCCAACAGUAUUUCUACCUAACGAGUGUGAUAUUUUGGUUGCAUAUGCCACCACACCAGGAUAUCUAUCUUUUCGGAAAAUGAGAGGAAACUGGACUGGAUCCUGGUUUAUUCAAGCGUUUUUAGCAGUUGCAGAGGGUAACUUAAAGAAGGAUUUGGAAGAAAUAUUAAAGAUAGUUAGAAGAGAAUUAUCAAAUAAUCCGACGUACGAGCUGGGGGGGAAAAGAUGCAUGAUGCCAAACAGUGAAACGAAAACAACCAAGGAUAUUUACUUAUAAAUCUCAAUAUAUAUUUAUAUAUAUAUA